ACAACUCAAACGCGCAUCUCUCACUUCCAGCUGGAGCAUGCUGCCAGGAGAUACAAGCGCUCCAGUCUAGUCAAAGUUUUUUGGAUCACAGCGGACGGCGGGAGCCUCACAUCCCCCCAAGGGAUCUGGGAAGCAAGCAUGGACGUCGGAGAGGCAACAGCGCUUUGAGCGGAGCCAAAGAGACAUCCAGUCAUGAUUUGGGUCACGUUUUUACCCUUCUUGAUGCCUUGCGUGACCGCGAACAGGACAUCGGACCCUGUGCCGUUUUUUCACGGGCAUGUGUUCGAGAACUCGUCUCCCGGCUCGCGGGUCAACGGGCUCAGCGUCCCACUGAAGCGACUCAACUCGCGCCGGCUGUGCGGCACCGCGCUGCCCGGCGCGGCGGCAGCGCACUAUAAACUUCUGGGAGAUGGGAGCGAGGACUUCCGCGUCUUUGCACACCACAAACGAGGGCAUGUUCUGCUGAAGACGACCCAGACUCUGGACCGAGAGGAGCGGGCUGAGUACGCCCUGAGUCUGGGUCUGUGCUGCGGACAGUGCGCGGAAGGGGAGGACGCGUCCGAACUCGUGGCGUCCAUCAAGGUGGACGUUCUGGACACCAACGACCACCAGCCCGUUUUCCCCAGCGCCAACAUGAAGCUGGAUUUGGACGAUGCCACUGCUCUGCGCGCGGCGAUCUGCUCACUGAGCGCGCGGGACGGCGACAGCGGCAAGAACGCGGAGCUCAUCUACUUCGCCGAGCCCAAAAACGGAAGUUUCUACGCGGUGCCCAAAACAGGGGAUAUCCUGCUGGUGGACUCCAUCCUCGGUCUGGAGAAGCCCAUCAAGUUUCAAGUGUUUGCGCGGGACCGCGGCUGGCCACCCCGCACGAGUCAAGGUGUUUCCGUGGAAAUAAACCCGCGACAAUGGCCCGCCGCGCGCUCCGCGACCCCCGGACCACGGCAGCAAGUUGAAGCGCAAGCGCGGAGGUCCCGAUCGGUCACGGAGGAGGAAACACCGGUUCUUAUCAGCGUGUCCGAGGACGCGGGGAUCGGUUCUGUCGUGGUGAAUCUGAACCCGGUGAGGUUCCAGUCGGCCGCCUUCGAGCUGGUGGAGCCGGAGCUGGAGAGCUCCCCGGUCAGCGUGAGCCGGGACGGCGGCGAUGUGGUCAUCAUGCGGAGGCUGGACCGGGAGACCGAACCUCUGGUGGAGAUCACCGUCAGGGUGCAGGACAAGAGAGGUUUGGAGUGGUACCUGGUUAGAGUGGAGCUGACUGUGACUGAUGUAAACGACAACAUCCCGGAAUGGAGCAUGGUUCCUGCUCCCUACCUUGCAGUGGUUUCCCCAGAUGCGACUGCAGGAUCACUGGUUUACAAACUCAUUGCUCAGGAUGGAGACGAAGGUCUUAAUGGUGAAGUGGAGUACUUCCUGUCAGAUGGUGGCGACGGUCGAUUUGAAGUGGACAGGAAGAGUGGCCAGAUACGGACAACGGGGCUUCCUCUGCAGCGUGACAGAGAGUACCUGCUGACGGUGGUAGCAGCCGACGGGCUGGGCAGCCGCAGUGCCCCCGCCAUCAUAUCCGUGGUGGCUGGAGCCCGGCCACCGCAGUUUACUAAUGCCUCCUUCAUCAUCGCUAUACUGGAAAACACGCCGGAAGGACAGCCGUUUCUGGUGACACCUGCUGUGUCUUUCCAAAAGAAACCAAUCAGCUAUAGCCUCCUCAUCAAUCCCAGCAGUCUGUUCUCCAUCUCAGCAGACACAGGCGAAAUCAGCUUGACCCGCACCAUCGAUUACGAGAGUGACCAACAUCGUUACUUGCUUCUGGUGCGGGCCAGCGAGGGCCAGGACAGCAUGAGCAGUGCAGCAGAGGUGCGAGUUGUCAUUGUUGAUGAGAACGACUGCGUCCCAGAAUUCCUGCAGUCGAUUUACAGCAAGGACGGCGUUCCGGAGACGGUUACAACGGCAACCUCCUUGUUGCAAGUGUCAGCCAACGACUGUGACUCCGGACCGAAUGCCGACCUGACCUAUUACACCCUGAGUCCAGAUUUUAUCAUAUCUCCUCAUGGGACUAUUUUCCCAGCGGGACCUCUGGACUACGAGAGACCCAAUCACCUGUAUGAGUUUGUCGUCAUGGCAAUUGACAAGGGAGAGGUCCCACGGACGGGGACGACGACGGUGCGAAUUAGGAUGGCCAACGUAAACGACGAGGCACCCGAGUUUUCCCAACAUAUAUACCGGACGUUUGUGUCAGAAGAUGCGGGGCCCAACACACUUGUUGCCACAGUGUUGGCAAAGGAUCCUGAUGGGGAUGGGAUCACGUACAAAAUCAACACAGGAAAUGAUGAGGGCAAUUUUGUCAUUGACAGCCAAAAAGGUUUGAUCCGGCUGCGCUCCAGCCCGCCGCCUCGCCUGCAGGGCGUGGAGUACGUCCUCAACGUCACGGCCACAGACGACAACGCCUCGGGUGGGCCGCAGGCGCUGGCCUCCACCGCGCAGGUCAUAGUGGGAGUGGACGACGUGAACAACAACAAGCCCGUCUUUGAACAGUGUCAGCAGUACAGAGAGAGCACAUCGGUUCUGGAGAACCAGCCAGCGGGGUCGUUCGUUCUGCAGGUUCAUGCUGUGGAUGCAGACGAAGGCUCCAAUGGGAAGGUCACAUACGGCUUUAUGCACAAAGACUCUACAGUUCCUGCAUUCAGUAUCCACCCUGAUACUGGUGUGAUCGUGACUGCCAGGAAAUUUGAUCGUGAGCGUCAGCGGGAAUAUGCGGUGACUGUGACUGCCACUGACCAGGCAGCCGACCCCCUGAUCGGCAUCUGUCAGCUCAAUAUUCUCAUCCUGGACCAGAACGACAACAGCCCGAAGUUUGAGAACCUCCGAUAUGAGUACUUCCUUCGUGAGGAUACAAUGAUCGGAACUAGUUUCCUGCGGGUGGCAGCCCAUGACGAUGACUUUGGCAGCAAUGCAGCCGUCACAUACACCAUGUCUGGUGAGCAGCCGGAGUACCUCAGGGUCAACCCGCUGACGGGCUGGGUGUACGUCAACCAGCCCAUCUCUCAGAGGACAUACAUCACCAGGGAGAUUGUAGCAACAGACGGAGGAAACAAGAGCAGUUCGGUGGAACUGGCUGUCACCAUCACCAAUGUAAAGAACCAGCCUCCACAGUGGGAAAAAGACACUUACAGUGUGGUGAUACCGGAGAACACAGUUCGGGACACGCCCGUCGUGAUCAUCAAAGCCACAUCCCCUCUUGGUGAUCCAAGGGUAACGUACAACUUGGAGGAUGGAAUGGUCCCAGAGACCAACAUGCCGGUUCGCUUCUACUUGACUCCCAAUCGAGAAGAUGGUUCAGCCUCCAUUCUGGUGGCGGAGCCCCUGGACUAUGAGACCACCAGGAACUUUAUUCUGCGGGUUCGCGCUCAGAAUGUGGCAGCUGUACCAUUAGCUGCCUUCACCACAGUCUAUGUUAAUGUCACAGAUGUUAAUGACAACGUUCCAUUUUUCACUUCCUCCAUCUAUGAGGCCUCGGUCACUGAAGGAGCAGAAUCAGGAACUUUGAUUUUCCAGGUAUCAGCCAAUGAUCUUGACCUGGGCCUUAAUGGGAAGAUUUCCUACUCACUGCUGGAGGACCGCAGUGGGGACCACAAGUAUUUCCGCAUCGACUCGGAGCUGGGCUUCAUCUACUCUCAGGCUGUGUUUGAUAGAGAGACCAAAAGCUCGUACUUGUUGGAAGUUCAGUCUGUGGAUGGCUGGGAGUCUUCACGACCAGGAAAGCAUGGACAACCCAACUCUGACACAGCAUAUGUUCGCGUUUUCAUCAGCGACGUGAACGAUAACAAGCCCGUGUUUGCACAGGCGUCUUAUGAAGUUGAUGUGGAUGAGGACGCUGACGUGGGCUUUGCCAUUCUCACAGUUAGUGCCAAUGAUGGGGACGAAGGUGGGAAUGCGAAGCUGCGUUACCAGAUUACAUCAGGAAACACAGGAGGCGUGUUUGACGUGGAGCCAGAGGUGGGAACCAUCUUCAUCGCUCAGCCUCUGGACUAUGAACAGAACAAAAGAUACAAGCUGCAUGUCCUGGCUUCGGAUGGGAAGUGGGAAGAUUACACGACGGUGACUGUGAACGUGGUGAACAAGAACGACGAGUCGCCCGUGUUCACAGUGAAUGAGUACUACGGCAGCGUGACCGAGGAGCUGGACGGUUCGCCUGUCUUUGUCCUGCAGGUAACAGCGUCUGACCCAGAUAAGGACGCUGAUCAGGAGGCUCUGCGGUACUCCCUCCAUGGCCAGGGUGCUGAGAGCGAAUUCAUAAUCGAUGAGGUCACUGGCAAGAUCUACGCCCAGAGGACGCUGGACCGCGAAGAACGCGCCGUCUGGCGCUUCGUCGUCCUGGCAACAGAUGAGGGCGGCGAAGGCCUGACGGGUUUUACGGACGUUAUCAUCAACGUGUGGGACAUCAAUGACAACGCUCCCGUAUUCCCCUGCGCCCUCAGUUGCCACGGAGAUGUAGCCGAGAACUCUGCUGUCGGGACGUCCGUCAUGGAGAUGACUGCCACUGACCUGGACGAUUCAGCAGUGGGACAGAACGCCGUGCUCUCCUACAGGAUUGUGGGCAUCUUAGAUGGCACAAAUGCCAAACUGGGAGGAGUGCCCACCAUCUCGGAAAUGUUCACCAUCAACCCCACCACGGGAACCAUCACUGUGGGCUUGGGCGGUCUGGACAGAGAGCAGGUGGAGUCCUACCUCCUCCUUGUCGAGGCCAGAGAUGGAGGAGGCAUGACGGGAACUGGAACCGCAACCGUUCAGAUUACGGACGUCAACGACCACGCUCCCAGGUUCAUCGAUCACUCCUGUCAGGCAAGGAUCUCUGAAAACUCAGAGCCCAACGCACAGGUUCUGGAGCUGGCUGCAGAGGACAGAGACACUGGAGAAAACGCUCAGCUGACCUUCAGUGUUGUGGCCGGAGAUCAAGAGCAGAAGUUCUACAUGGUCAGUCACAAGCAGGAGCAGCGUGGAGUCCUGAGGCUGAAGAAGCGCUUGGACUACGAACGACACAGUGAACAGAAGUUCAACCUCACGGUGAAGGUGGAGGAUCUGGAUUUCUCCAGCUUUCUGCACUGCAUGGUCGAGGUGGAGGACUACAAUGAUCACACUCCUGUCUUCAUUCCACACUUCCUGUCCCUGGCGCCGCUACCAGAGGACGUCAGCGUGGGAACCAGCGUGGCCCGUCUGGUGGCCAGUGACUCGGACUCGGGCCAGAACCGCGAAAUCACCUACAGCCUGUCGGAAGACUCCGACCCUGAGGGCCUGUUCACCAUCGACCAGUCCGGCUUACUCUCGGUGGCCCGGCCGCUGGACCGAGAGAAAACAGCUCAGCAUCACUUGGUUGUCAUAGCAACAGAUCACGGGAUGCCUGCUUUGACAGGCAGCGCCACAGUUCAGCUGCCUCUGUUGGAUGUUAACGAUAACGGGCCAGAGUUUGAGGCCGCCUACUCUCCUGUGGUCUUUGAGAAUGUGGCUGGUCCACAGGUAGUGAGGUUGAACCAAACCUCGGCUCUCCUCCGAGCCGUGGACCGGGACUCUCCCGAGAACGGGCCGCCCUUUCAUUUCACCGUCCCACCGGAGUAUCGCUACAGCAACGACUUCUACCUGCAGGACAACCUGAACGGCACGUCCACGCUGACGGCCCUCAGGACAUUUGACCGCGAGCGCCAGAAGGAGUUUCUCCUGCCCAUCGUCAUGAGCGACAGUGGUCACCCGGCCAAAACGGUGACCAGCACCCUGACUGUGACCAUUGGUGACCAGAAUGAUCACGCUCACAUGGCGGGAGAGAAGCAGAUAUCCAUCAACAGCCACAGAGGUCGCAUGCCAACAACAGUUCUUGGGAAGGUCUAUGCUCCUGACCCUGAUGACUGGGAUAACAAGACCUACGUCUUUGAGGGACACAUGCCAAGUUACUUCAUCCUGAACAAGCGUACCGGGUUCCUUAUCAUCAAGGAGAACACCCCACCCGGCACCUACCAGUUCCAGGUCCGUGUGUCUGAUGGAAUUUGGCCCGAUGCCGUCUCCACAGUAAUUGUAUACGUAAGGGAGCUGCGAGAUGAAGCCAUCUACAACUCUGCAUCCCUUCGCCUCACAGACAUCACUGCCAAGGAGUUCAUGGAGCUCAGAGGGAAGCAGCGUAGCCGCUACGAGCUGCUGGUGGACUUCCUGUCGGAGAUGCUCUCCGUCCCACCGGGUGAAGUUAACAUCUUCAGCCUCAUGGACGUGAAGGAACGAAUGCUGGACGUCCGCUUUGCUGUGAGCGCCGGUCUCUCCUUCCUGCAGCCGGAGAAAAUGCACGGCUACCUUGCCGCCCACAAACAAAAGCUCCAGUCCUUCCUGCAGGUCAGCGUGUUCCAGGUCCGGGUGGACGAGUGUCCCGGUUCGGAGUGCACCGGCUCCGGCGGCUGUACCAGCGUGCUGGAGGUGCGGGACGCGCCCACGGUGGUGGACUGCGGCACCAUGAGCCUGGUUUCCGUCAUGGUGGAGUCCAAGGCUGUGUGCUCCUGCCCGGGACGGGAGCAGUCCCAUCAGCCCUGCGCCUCGUAUCCCAGAAACCCCUGCUUCAACGGAGGGCUGUGCAUGGACACGCAGCACGGCUACAGGUGCCAGUGCCCCGCUCAGUUCGAGGGACCUGAAUGCCAGCAGAACAAGCACAGUUUCCAUGGCAAUGGCUAUGCUUGGUUUCCUCCUAUGAUGCCUUGUUUUGAGAGCCAUGUGUCGCUGGAGUUUAUCACAGACGUGGCUGAUGGACUGCUGCUGUACAGCGGCCCACUGGCACAGCUGCAAGCCUGGGACCACGAGGACUUCAUGGCCAUAGAGCUAAUAGAUGGGACCCCAACCUUGAAAAUCAACCAUGGCUCUGGCACGCUUGUGCUACAGCUGCCAGGAAACAUCAACGUGGCAGACAGGCGCUGGCAUCGGCUGGAUGUCCGUAGCAACAACAAGGAAGUACGUUUCACCCUGGACCGAUGUUCAGGAGCGGCUGUGAUGGAAAUGGAGGGUCUGGGCAGCUGGUUGACCACUGAGGACCACUCCUCCUGUGAAGUGAUGGGUGUUACACCCAACACUGACAGACACCUAAACACAAGUCAAGUUCUCCAGCUUGGAGGUGUAAACGAGGACAUUCCCUACAUCUACCCUCAGCUUCAACACAAACACUUCACCGGCUGCAUCCGCAACCUCAUUGUGGACAGCAAGCUGUAUGAUCUGGGCUCCCCGGCCGACUGGCAGUCCAGCUCCCCAGGCUGCCUCACCACUGAUAGCAGCUGUGUCAACAUGGGCUUUCCAGCCUGCGGCCAUCGCGGCCGCUGUCAUGGGGAGUGGGGCUCUUUCAGCUGCCAGUGUGUGGCUGGAUACACGGGACAGCAGUGUGAAGAAGUGGCCCCAGAGUAUUCCUUCGACGGCCACAGUCAUCUGCAUUACCAGCUGGCGUCCGCGCUCCCUGCCAGAAGAACGUGGAUCCAAGUCCUGGUUCGAACCCGGAAACACAGCAGCAUCAUCGUCAGCCUGGUGUCCAGGGACCAGAGUGAAUACCUGCGACUGGAGGUAUUUCAGGGCCUUCUUUGCACUUUCUACAACCUCGGCGACGGAGACUACAACCUGACCCUACCCAGCUAUCGCCUUGACAACGGCGAGUGGCACGAGGUCUCCUUGGACAGACACGACAACGAGAUGACGCUGCGGCUGGAUGGCGGCGGAGGGAAGCGGGAGGUGAUGGGAUCACAGAGCAGAAGCCGAGAAAUCAUCAUCGACCCGACCGCCGUGAUGCUGGGGAACUCCUUCCCCUCGGAAAGCAACAAGAGCUUUCAAGGCUGCAUCAGGGAUCUACGCCUCAACGGCCGUUACAUGCCACUGGACAGCCAGCCACGGGACGGGGUUUCCCAGGUCAGCGUGCAAGGGCUCUCCGUCGGAUGUUCAUCAGACUCCUGCAAAAAGUAUCACUGUAAAGCCCCGUUUACCUGCGUGGACUUGUGGAGAGUGCACGAAUGCAGGUGUCCUCCUGGUCACAUGAUCCGUGUGAAUGGCACCAAAAAGUCCUGUGUGUACACGCUAUGCGCUACGCGGCCUUGUCACCAGGGAACCUGCGUGGCCCAGUCACCCUCUAAGUUCACCUGCCACUGUCCGGAGGGCUACAGAGGGCGCCACUGUGAGACCACAUUAGCUGUUUAUCGAGAGGAGGUGGGCCUCAGCUUCAGCUCGCUCUUUGCCAUCUGUAUCUGCUUCAUGGCGUUGCUAGUGCUGCUGCUGGGCAUUUUCUUCUACACCCGCUGGCGGAGCUACAAAGGUCUGAAGGAGGGCGUGUACCACGUGUCGGCGCACCACGACGGCUGGGAGGACAUCCGGGAGAACGUGCUCAACUACGACGAGGAGGGAGGCGGCGAGGAGGACCAGAACGCCUACGACAUGGCGGAGCUGCAGAAGUCCCUUCAGCCAAGCCCCGCCCAGUCGGUCCAGUACUGCCGCUCCAGAGCGCUGCACCACCCGCCGCCCGCCCACCACCUGCACCACCACCUGCUCCACCAGGCUCCGCCCGUCCCGGCCUCCACCGCGCCGCUGGACCCCCUCAGCCGGACGUCCAGCUCCACCACCCUGCCUCCCUCGGCCGCCUCCACGUCCUCCACGGCCACCACCACCACCAGCCUCCGUAGGGACGUGCCCCCCACCCGGCCCCCCGCCCAGGGCCAGGCGCGCCCCUCUCAGCUGGCGCGGCGCUCCCUCUCCUUCUCCAGCCAGGACCUGGCCCGUUACCUGUGUGAGAUCAUCCGUGACGCAGACCAGCACCCGGACACGGGGCCCUUCGACUCCCUGCAGGUGUUCUCCACCGAGGGCGGGGGGUCGCCCGCCGGCUCCCUCAGCUCCUUCAGUUCGGCGGGGCUGGACGGGGGGAGCACAGGGGAAGGGGCUGGGGAGGCUCGGCGGGAGGAGACGCUUGGGGAGUGGGGCCCCCGCUUUGAGAAACUGAGAGCUCUGUACGAGCGAGCCGAGGCCAGCGACCUCUGAGCGACGGGACGCUAAUAACAGAACGCCUUAUAAACCUUUCAGACGGGGAGGGAGCCGAGUCCGGUCUGUCUCAUAACCCGCCGUCCAGGUUGAUGUGGCCCUGCAGCAGGCGACUGCUUUCUGAGGACAGACAUCAUCUCCAGGUGAGAUUAAGACUUCAGAGCGUCCUGAACACACAGACGUCACUCUGCAGUCGAGUCCUUCUGAAGACGUUUUUAUUUCAAAUCAGCACCAGUGAAAAUGUAUUUUGUAUCUUGUUGCUGCUGAAUGAGAGCCGUGUAAAUAAGGGACGUGUUGCACACUGCACUAAAACAUCAUCAGUUUCUCAUACAGACAUAGAGCCUUGUUUUUUUUGUUUUGUUUUUGUUUUUUUAUAUAUACUGUGUUAUGUUUUGCCACUUGUCUCCACACAGUUUCUGAAGUUUGGUUUAAGGUUUUUAUGAGGGGAAAACCUGAAGACGUGUUUCAAUGAUGAGACCAGGGAAGUUUUUCCUCUGGAAAUACUUUUUCUGGAUCCUUCCACACUUUACUGGCUGAAACUCAACCUGAAUCUUGACCAAUUCUUAACUCACAGAGGGCAAGAGGAAGUUUCUAAAGCCACAAAGUCAGAUUUUCAGCUUUCAGUCUUUAUAAUUUACAUAUUGAGACGUUGACAGUAUGACAGGAUUAUCUACAGGGGAGAGAGUUGCCCAGAUUUAAAAUAACUUCAAAGUCACAUAAGUGUAGUAAUAGUUGGAUUUAUAAUAAAUAAAUCAUAAAAGAUGUUACUUAACGUAGCAUUGACCACACACACACACACACACACACACACACACACACACACACACACACACACACACACACACACACACACACACACACACACACACACACCAACAGCAUCUCCUGUCUUAAGUUAUUGACAAAUUUUGAAUAUGAAUUGAUUUAUUAUGAGGCAGCACAUAUUAACAUGAGUGUAGUGAAAUACACUCAUUUUCAUCUGUAGUUUCCAGACGGGUUGAUGGUCAAAAUGUAAAGACACACACACCCUCAAACACACUGUAAUUAUUUUAAAAAAUCACAGGAACUGUUUAAUAUACUGAAAUAUGGAGCUCAGACUGAAGACACUGUUGGAUUCAUAAAACCAAACUCUCCAAUAAGACAGUUAAAGGUUCUUACCAGAACCUUCUGGAUGAACUUCCUGCCCUGCUGCUCAGGUUGGACCUGCUGGUCACCAUGGAGAAAAGGCUCCUGCAGGUAAUACGCCUCCAGGUGUCAAGGGUUGGACUUUUUUUCUUUUUAUUGUUGUUGUUUUUUUUGCUCUUUUAGUUCAGUCGAGUGCUUCAGUGUUGGUGAAGUGUUUGGGGUUCCAGCUCUCUGUGGGUUGUAAGACAUCAAGCCGUCUCUACUGCGCCCGCGUCCUCAUUUCAUUUCCUAUUCUCAUCCGCUCCGCCGCCGCCGCUCAUUGUAGCUCACCCAAGGGGGCCGGCGGGGGCCGCACCAAAAUUCAAACAGAUCUCUAACAAAGAGGCGCGAGUGGACGAGUGGCCCGCGGGCCGGGAUGGGGGUUGGGAGCGGCAGCUGCUGCAGACUGUUUAAACAGGCGAUCGCUCAGCGGAAUACAAACUACGCAGAGCGGCUUCCCAAGGUGACAGCUCGAGAAAUUCAAAUAAAUGGAGGAGCGGAUCGGAGGAGAUUUAACGGAUUAUUCAUACAGACGCCAUAGCAGAAGCACCUGUGCAUUGAAAUCAUUCAGAAAUAUCUGCACCGUCUUUCCCACAUCGCAAGGGGAUGACUGAUCUAAGUCCCCCCCUCCCGACUCCUUUUUCUUAAACUACACAAUCCUCCUCCUGAUGCUUUUGACCCAGUGAGAAGCAUUUAUCUGGAAAAGAACAAAGAGGAGAAAUAAAGCACCAGAAAGGAAACAGGGUGCAGGGAGACGGAAGGCCCAGCUGCUCUCACCUUUGAUAAGAGAGAUGAUUACAUGGUGGAGGGUUGGAUCAGAGGGGCAGAGAGCGCUCGGCUCUGUGACAACAGGAAGGAGGUGUGGAUGGAAAUGUAGGCAGGAAGUGACACAGCAAACAGCCUGACCUCUGCUGUGGCCAGCAGGAAGCAGGCCUACUGGGACGACUGGUCACUCUGGCUGGCUUGAGGACACAUUGUUCAUCCUUGCAAUAAUUGUAGCAAAACAUCAUCGACUUUAUAUCUCAAUUAUAAAAAAAUGCACAAUAAAGCAAAUCCAACCAAUACAACACAACCGUCCACAUAAUAAAUUUGGAAAUGUUAUGUGAGAUUUAUAUCAUAUGUUUUGUACAUAUUUGUUAAAACUAUCACCAAGUCGUGACAGUUUACUGUGAGACAGAUCAUCUGUGAAGGUCAAUGUCCUCCACCACUUCCCUGAGCUGCUUCAGUCAUCUGAUGCACAACCAAUCACAGCCAGGAGGAGGGGCUUAGCGCUGUCAGUCAAUUUAGUAAUUUUUCUAAUGUGCUAAUUCGCAACUUAUUACAUGUUCAAUUGUCAUCAGUGGCUAAUUAGCAUUAGCAUUCACAUCAGGCUCUGCUGACAGGGAGAAGCAGCAGCAUAGCAAAGAAGGGUGAGUGGUGCAUGUAUGCGCAAGAUGGACAGCGAUAAGUCCCUCCUCCAGGCUCUGAUUGGUUGUUUCUAGAUAGCACUGGGAGAACUGGCAAAAGGCAGACUAUCACCACAGUUUCAACAAAUAUGUAAUAAAAUAUUUUAAUAAAAGUUACAUACUGCAGCUUUAAUCAGAAUUCUCCAGUAAAUGGUCUAGUUAAAGAGUUUAACAUCAUGAUGGAGUUGAAACAUCACUACCAAUAGUUUAAAUGUAACAAAUCACAUCAGUGUUGAAUUUAUCAAGCACUAGUGUAGUGUCAGAUGUUCGGAGCAUCAAUGGGUUAAUUUAACACUGAAUAAAAUACACUUACUCUAUGGAAAGUUUUAAACGUAGCUUAAAAUAGAAAUCUGAUUUUUUUUAUUGUAAAUUUAUAAUCCCAGAAUUUUCUUACCAAAUCAUUAGAUGCCACUUGAACUGAAACUGAAAGUUAAAGUUUGAAUCCAGCAGAAUUUCAAAAACAAACAUUAUAUAAAGCAGCACCAGGCGUCUUCAAUCUUGACAAUCCAAAGAGCCAUUUUGACUCUUUACGGCUCUGUUAGAACCGUAAAGAGUCAAAAUGUUACAUAAUUAAAAAAAAUAUAUGUAUUGGAAUUUUUGUUAAAUUCCAAUUAUUAUUAUCCAAUUAUUAUAAGAUUAGUGUUGACAUUUUUAACGGAUAUAUAAUUUAUUUCUAUUUUUAGGUGUUGAAAACAUAAAAUAUUUUCACAGAGCAGAUCUAUACACUUCUAUAGAGUAUUGAUAUUACAGAAAAAUGAAGUGAAAAAAUCAGCCUCGCUUUGACAAGAAAACAAAUGACACCUUUUCAUUUUGUUGUAAAAACAGAAAAGUGCAAAUAUUCUAUUAAAAUCUGUAAAACAAAUAAAAUCUCCAUUUGUUUUUCUAUCUAUAUUUGAAAACAGUUUGUUCUUUAUCAUUUUUAGCCAAAGCUAUUAAAGACCAUUGAAGGUUUAAAAUGGCCACUUGCUGAUAUAAAAAAAAGUAUAAAUUUAAUGACACACAGUUCGAUCUCAUGCUCAGUCUAAAACAUAAUGAUAAGCUGGUGUUGUCAACUGGUCAACAUAGGGUCACAUCUGAAAGUUGCAGGACUCUGGACCUCGACCCCAAAUCUGACCUCAGAUAACAUGAGGAAAUGGAUGGAAGAAUUAAAGCAACUAGUUCCAGGAAUGAAAUAUGAAAUUAAAGAAUUUUAAGAACUGAAACCCUUCUAGACCAAAAUGUUUGAUAUAUACGCCACCAAUACCUGUUGAUGUAUAUUCAACACAAACUGAGUCAUUCUGGAAGCACUUUGGUUCAAUCUGGUGAUGUUCUGCCCAAUCACCACUAAUUUAGCUAACUUAUAAAAAGAUGUUAUGUUUCUGACUGCUGGUGAAAAAUCACCAUAUUCUUAAAAAUGUCAUUUUUAAACGGCCUAUUUUUCUGCGCUUAUUUAUUUUUUUUCUGUCCUGCUGCACAAAAAUGACAAAAUACAUCCUCACCUCAUGGUUUUAUACAGUAGGUUCCUACAAAAUGACCGCCGCUAAGUGGUCAGGUCAAAUGUGACAACAACAGAAUUUUCCAGUAACAAGCGAAGUGUUGGAUUCUGGUCCGGUUCCACCAGGAACUCAGCCACAGCAGUUUUCUUUCCUUCAUGGCGGCAGAGCGGUGAUGGUCAAGAAGUCGCUCUAAUGAGACCGGCUCAGGUCGGCUCAGCUAACGGGAGCUGACGGGUCGCGGUCGAGCUGGACAAACCAAAGCGCCGUGUGAACUUUCACACGGCGGUCAAAUCCCAGAUCACAGCUUUCCAGAAAUGUUCCGAUAAGUCAUGUUUUUGGUUUUUAUUAUCGUUUUUAUCUUGCAUUUGAUUUCCUGUCAGACUGUAGGGACUUUGGGAUGUCUGUGAAUUAGUUUUUCUUCAGCGGACUGAGCCUGAGACAGGAAGGACUGGGUCGCCUUCCUUUCCAUGUCUCCCCGACGAUCCUCUGAACUAAGAACAGUUUCCUUGGUGUUGUGUUCCGGGUGUAAGCAAAUGUAAUGUUUUUACCUCAUUUGUAAAUAACAGAAAGAGAAUUAUGGCUUUUUGUCAAGAAAAGCAGCAUCGGCUUGCAAUGUGCAGGGUAAAAAGAAAUAAAAUAAAUAAAAGUGAACAUAUUUUCUAGCGAUAUGAUGGUGAUGAGCUUUUAACAGUUAUGUAAGUGUUUUGUAUUUGCUUUCAUCUCUUUUUCUCAAUAAAUCCAUUUAUUUGCACCAGA